CUUGAUGCCUCAAAGAUGCAUUUCAGACAUUUACAGAGAAUAAAGAGAAGCUUUGCAGUUGAUCGUUCAGUGCGGUCUGAAGCACAGACGUUGACCUCACCAGAUAUCAGUCAUCAUGAGCAGAAUGUUGCUGUGAGGUCGUCUUCUUCUUCAUCGUCUUCACGACACAUAGAUGUCAUUCCAGUAACAGCUCGUCCUCCUCAGACUGUCUCCUGCAGUGAUUUCACAGCCGAUCAAAGUCCAUUUGACAUCACUGCCGCUGACGGAGCAGAAAAACUACCGUAUAAGCCUCAUCUCAGCAGGUCCAGUGUGGCUAAGGCUGAGAAACUCACUAAUGUAGACCAAACUGAAAAAGUGAGCAAUGCCUCUCGCUUCCUGAAAGAACAGGGAGUAAACACCAGUCCAGAAAUGGAGCUGUCUGUGCCUUGUAAAGAUCAAGAUAUUCCCACCUUUGAUGAAUGGACAAAACUUAUGAUGGAGAAUGAAAAGAGUGAAAGCACACGUGUUUCUAAUGGAAAUCAUGGUGGUAAACAAGUUCAGCAGAUCUUCAGUAACUACGCUUCUGUGGAGUGUGGAGCAAAAAUACUGUCCUCAAAUCCUGAAGCAAAGAGUACUUCAGCUGUUCUGAUGGACAACAUGGACAUGUACAUGCUGAACCCCUGCAAUAACAAGAUAUGGAUCAUUAUUGAGCUUUGUCAGCCCAUUCAGGUGAAGCAGCUCGACAUCGCAAACUUUGAGAUCUUCUCCUCAAACCCCAGAGAUUUUCUGGUGUCCAUUAGUGACAGAUAUCCAACCAACAAAUGGGUGAAGUUGGGAACGUUUCAUGCUCGUGAUGAGCGGACAAUACAGAGUUUCCCACUGAAUGAGCAUAUGUUUGCUAAACACACUAAGAUGUUCACCAAAUACAUGAAGGUGGAGUUGCUGUCUCAUUUCGGUUCUGAACAUUUCUGUCCUCUCAGUAUGGUCAGGGUUUUUGGCACCAGUAUGAUGGAGGAGUAUGAGAUGAACUCAUCUGACAGACAACACUUUCAUGAUGAUCCAGAUGAUGAUCCGUCUCCUGAUUUUCUGCCAUUAGAUGAGAAAUCCUCCAGAAAUCUGAUUGGAUCUGCUAAAGAUGUUCUUCUCACGAUGGUGAACAACAUCGCUGCUAAUGUCCUCGGUGGCAGGGAUGGAGGGAAUUGUUCCACUGAAAGUUUGAAUAAAUCCGAAGAACCUCCUCCACCCGCUGUAUCGGUGUCCGUGGUGUCUGAUGGACUCGAUGUGAAUGAGACUUCAGCUGAUCAUCCGAUCGUCCGUCUGCUCUCAGACGACGAAGAAUCAGAUGAAUCGUCUCGUGUGAAUGUCUCUCAGAGGUCCUGUAUACGUGCUCUCUCUCUUCAGGAGUAUCUUCUACAGCGUAGCUUUUCUCAGUCCAUCGUUCAGAAACCUGUCUCAUCUCCAGACACAAAACAUAACUUGGCCUCAAUCUCGGAGGAAUCUUCAGAAACCUCCCAAACCAAAUCCAGACUUGAAUCCGCGUCUUCCAUUCUCGAGCCUUCAGAUCAUCUGCAAGUGUCCUGCGAGCUGUCACAUCCCGUUGAAGCUGAAGCUGCGUCUGUGAGCGAGUGUCUCACGAGGAAGAGCACUGAAGACAGUGGUGACCGGCUCACACCGGAGGAACCCAUCCUUGACAUGUCCACCCCGACACUUCCGCAGCUUUCCUCUUCACAUCGUCCAGCGCUGAACCCGUCCAUAGAUGAGAGGACACCCACCCACAGCGCUUUGGAUGGCUCACAGAGCAGUGAGCUAUUAGAUGACGUCACCAUGCUGGAGAUGACGACUGCUGACCUUCCAGCGCAUGGCUCCGGUCAGAAAGAGUCCGUCUUCUUGAGACUCAACAAUCGCAUUAAAGUCCUGGAGAUGAACAUGUCGCUCAGCGGACGAUACCUAGAGCAGCUGAGCCAGAGGUACAGGAGGCAGAUGGAGGACAUGCAGAGAGCUUUUAACCAAACACUCAAAACACUGCAGAACACUUCCAGAAUAGCAGAUGAACAGGACCUGAAACAGACUGAGUCUAUCCAGACACUACACACUCAGCUGGAGAAUGUCACUCAACUCGUUCUUCUUUUAUCUGUCAGUGUGAGUCAACUACAGACCCAGGUUUCUGACAGGCAGAGCUACAUUUUGUUGUGUCUGGUGCUUUGUGUGGUUCUCGGAAUUCUGAUUUGUUUAAAUCACCGUCAGAUGUUGGCUGAGGUUUCUCCAGUUGAGUUGGACACAUCUUACUGUCCUGACAGAAAUGUUUGUGCUUGUUAUGAAGAUGUGAUUGUGAGACGCAGAGCCUCAGACCCACUUUCACUGUCAUCAUUCCAGAUUUCUGCAGGUGUUGAAGAAACUAACAGUCAGGUACACUCUCCAGUUAGUAUAAAGACUACACAUGAAUGUAAACUGAAGAAGAGUUCAGAGGAUCUCUGCAGUUCAGGAGUAGAUGUUGCCAUUCACCACUUUAAUGUUGGUCCUCAUUCACUGGGCCUGAAACUCAUGAGUACUGAUCCAGGAUCUGGAGAUAUGUUGUCAGACGUCAGUUCUGAGAGCUCCUCGCAGUCUGAUGACGCUCUCUUCUGUGGGAUUUCUACCUGUGUUCGUCUCUGUGAGGCUUUACCUUCACCCAAACACUGGACACAAAAGACAAGAGACGCGCAGCAGCAGUACAUUACAGCAGAACAUCUGCAUCUGACUCCACAGUGCAGCGGCCCGACGCCAGUAAAUCAACACCAAAACUGAACCUUCAUAAAUAACCUCCAUUCCCUGUUAUUUUAGGUUCUGCUUGAAGCUACACAGUUUAAUUUUUGUUAAUGUGCCACUGGCCUUGAGACAAUCACAAAUAUAAAGAUCUACUUACAAUCAUGUUGUCACUUCUUCUUUUGACCUCACCGCACAUGCACAGAGUAACCAAUAAGCAUACAGAAUACAGUAUGGCUUCUGCCUUAAAGUUGCUCAGUGUUACAAAGUCCAACCAAACUAAUUUCCAAGGUGCUAGGGUAAUGGCAGCAUGCCAGGGACAGGGGAAUUUUACUUGUAUUAUUCAGUCUGGUCAAUGAUCCUUAAAGCGUUAGUCUGUGUGCCCUGGAACUAAAUACUUUGCACUAGUUUGAAUGAUCGACAGUAGCAGUAAUGUGUUUGUUGAUCAAGGUAAUGUUGCUGGUAGGCAAUGCUAGCCCAUGCUCUGAGUAAAUACACUAUUGGAGCAGCUAGGUAUUAGGCCUAAAAACGCAUAAAAUGGAGCAGCUAAUGCAGUGCACAUAAUAUUUACCUUCACACCACAAAUUGGUUUAUUAAUAUAUUCUGCGGUACUCAACAUCUAAAAAACUUAUCAUGUUCCUUGCAUAAUUUACAUUUCUACAUUAAGCACAUAAGCAUUUAGCUGUACAUUCUCUACAAAAACAUUAAUCAAAGCAUUUAGCUUAAUAAAAAAGUUUUUAACUUAGCUGAGAGGUAUAUUUCGUAAUUUCAUCUGAGAAAACUCUUCUUUGUUGUAAUUUAACGAGUUCACCUUAGCAAGUAAAUAAGCGGGAAAGAUGGUAAGUGUAUUUGGCGUGCCUCGUCCCAUGGAGAGGGCUCCGAGCUCAGUGUUUGCCCCAACCCAGAGUGUUCCAACCAUUAUACUGAGGUAGAGAAAAUGAGCUGAAGAGUCGGGGCGGAGGAGGGAGCAGUGCGUUAGUGACCCCCAAAACGUAGCAUAGUUUAGGCUUGUAGGAUGCUGGCUGUCGAUUGGAGUAGGGUGAGGAGCGAGGUGUCUGAAAGAGACUUUGGCCCCAGCAGGAGCGGGUGCAGUUAUGGCAUCCGAUUCAGAAGAGGUUAGAGAGUUUGAGACACUGCUGCGGCGGUGAGGUCUCUGUGCGCACUGCUGCAGCAGUAGAAUUAGAGAUAGAGGCUCUUGCAAGAGUGGGCACUGCAGCGGAAAUGGGGAUUAAUGUGAGCGCUACUGCGGCAGUGGAAAUAGAAAUAAGGCUUCUGCGGCAGCGGGCACUGCUGUGGUGUUGGGGAUACAUUUAGUGGAUGUGUUGAGCCUGGGGACUGCCACUAAGGGGUUCGGUGUGCUUCUUUAAUGUGAGGCAUCUGAUGACCAGCGGACCAAGUGUUUGAAUUUGUUGUUGAGAGAGGUCUUUCUGGUCGGCUGUGGUUGCUGUUCCGAUUCGGAAAUAAUGGCUAGAAAAGUUAUCAGCUGGGAUACCUGAUUGGAGCAAAAUUGAUUUUAGGUGUUUCCAGAGGUGGACGAAGUACACAACUUCCUUACUUGAGUGAAAGUACAGAUACUACUGGUCAAAUAUUACUCCACUACAAGUAAAAGUUGUAAAGACAGAUUCUUACUUAAGUAAAAGUACAGAAGUACGUGCUUUUAAAAGUACUCAAGUAUUAAAAGUAAAUUUCCUUUAUGUCAGCUGUGCAUUGUUUUAUUGUCUAUACCUUGUGCCUCUGAAGCAACCUACUGAAUACACUGAGUAGCUCACAGUAUCAGUUGUAUUAAAGGAGUAGUUCACUUCAAAAUUUGCCCCCAUUGACUUUCCAUAGUAGUUUUUAUUCCUACUAUGGAAAGUCAAUGGGGGCAAAUUUUGCAGUGAGCAACUCCUUUAAGAGCUUUAUAUGUUUAGCACAUAUAUGUUUAGUUUAGAUAUAAUCCUGUAUGAUCAUUUACACUGUCUGUGUACGUACGUGUGUGUGUGUGUGUGUGUGUGUGUGUGUGCGUGUGUUGUGUGUGUGUGCGUGCGCAUCCGUGUGUGUGUGUGUGUCUGUGUCUGUGUGUGUUGGUGCGUGUUGUGUGUGUGGAGUGUUUUGUGUGUGGGUGUGUCUGUCUUCUGUGUUUCAAUCUUUUCUUGUUUUUGCAGGUACAACUUUGAUUGUUUUGCUUAUAGUCAAUGUGUCUCAUGUGCAGCUGCUUUGUAACAAUGAAAAUUGUAAAAGCGCUAUAUAAAUAAAGUUGAGUUGAGUUGAGUUGAGUUGAGUUGAAAGCCAGUGUCAGAGAUUUAAACAUGAUGUGGGCGGCAACUGGCAGCAAGUGAAGUGAAAUCGGAAGGGGUGUCACAUGGGUUCUUUUAGGCUGAUUGAACACCAGACGUGCAGAUGCAUUCUGGAUCAUUUGCAAGUUACCAUGGCGAUGAUGAACACUGUUUUUUUGAGCCCAAGAAGGUGGAUCAGUUUAAAGCAGAGUUUGCUCAAAUAAAACCCAAACGUACCUGGGUAAACAACACUGAAACCAGCUUCAUGCAACAUGCCUCUUGUUUUAUAAUAUUUCUGUGAGUAAAUGACUGACAGGGACCCAUCCGCUAUCAGCCAAUCACUGUGGCCGUAGUUAGUAAACUUACUGACAUCAUUCAUAGCAAGCGGUCAACCCCACCCUUUCUCUUAGUUUAAGAUUUUCAUCUAUUCCUGACUAAGAGGUCCUGUAAAAAAGAAAGCACAUAUUUGCAUUACCUCUACCUUUAACACAUGAUUGUUGCUCCUGUCUCUUUAAAACCCCUCCUUAAACGCCUAAUGCACUCUGAUUGGUCAGAUGGCCUAAUCUAUUGUGAUUGAUAAUCUGCAUUAAAUGUGUGUCGAAAAUGUAACGCUCAUGACCAUAGCCCGGUUUCAGAUGGGAGGCUUCAGGUAACAAACAAACAGCAUGGGAUCAAUAGUAAUCAUGCAAUCAGAUCUGGAAAGUUUGGACGAGAAUACUUUCUUAAGUGACUGUAUAAUCUAGGAAAGUGUCAAUUUUUUUCAUCGUCCUUUCCAUGCCUCGUGCUAAUUUAGGAUGACCAGUUUCAUUCAUUUUUUUGAUAAAUGUGUUGGGCGGACAAAUCGAAAGUUGCAGUUUGCAUCCAAUAGAGACGAGCUGUAAAGCAAAUUCUGCCUUUGAACUUUGUUCCAGGA